GAUGUCGUCUCCCCUGACCGGAUGGUGUUUGUGUACUGUGUAGAGGAAGUUUUGUUUUGCGAGUUUUCCGUCCGUUUCGACUGACCGGGUGUUUAGUUAAUGCGCUUAAAAGAGCACGAAAUUGUAUUAGUGUGAAUUGCAUUCCCGGUAACCGCUCAAUUGUCCAAGAAGAGACUAAAAGUUCGAGCUGUUUGAAGCGGUCGGACUCCCAACGUUACACCUCAGAGUAACCCGAGAGCACCUUCCUGCUAGGCUAACGUCACAUUAGCUAACUUAGUUAGCGCGGCUAGCGGUGAACUCUGGUUCGCGUUGUGUUGAAGGAGCUCUCCGAGCUGAAUAAGUCAUGGGGAACCGGGGCAUGGAGGACCUGAUUCCCCUGAUCAACAAGCUUCAAGACGCUUUCAGCUCCAUUGGCCAGAGUUGCAAUUUGGACCUUCCCCAGAUUGCUGUGGUUGGUGGUCAGAGCGCUGGAAAAAGCUCGGUCUUGGAAAAUUUUGUCGGCAGGGACUUUCUUCCACGUGGAUCGGGCAUUGUUACCCGCAGACCUCUCAUUCUGCAGCUGGUCAACAAUAAGGCCGAAUAUGCUGAAUUCCUGCACUGCAAAGGGAAGAAGUUUGUGGAUUUUGAUGAAGUGCGGACGGAAAUUGAAGCGGAGACCGAAAGGAUAACAGGCUCCAACAAAGGAAUCUCUCCGAUCCCUAUUAACCUGAGGGUCUACUCCCCUCACGUGCUGAACCUGACCCUGAUUGACCUUCCGGGGAUGACUAAGGUUGCCGUCGGAGACCAGCCUAUAGACAUAGAGCACCAGAUCAGGGACAUGCUGAUGCAGUUCAUCACAAAGGAGAGCUGUUUGAUUCUGGCCGUCACACCCGCCAACACCGACCUGGCCAACUCGGACGCGCUGAAGAUCGCCAAGGAGGUGGACCCACAGGGUCUGCGCACCAUUGGUGUAAUAACCAAACUGGACCUGAUGGAUGAAGGGACGGAUGCAAAGGACAUCCUAGAAAAUAAGCUCCUGCCACUGCGACGAGGCUACAUUGGUGUGGUGAACCGCAGUCAGAAAGACAUUGAUGGGAAGAAGGACAUUCGCGCUGCCAUGGCCGCAGAGAGGAAGUUCUUCCUGUCCCACCCCGGCUACAGACAUCUUGCAGAGCGCAUGGGCACGCCACACCUACAAAAGACACUCAACCAGCAAUUGACCAACCACAUCAGGGACACCCUCCCUGGUCUGCGCAGUAAGCUGCAGAGUCAGCUCCUCUCGCUGGAGAAGGAGGUGGAGGAGUACAAGAACUUCCGUCCAGAUGACCCAACACGCAAAACCAAGGCCCUGCUGCAGAUGGUGCAGCAGUUUGGUGUGGACUUUGAGAAGUGCAUUGAGGGCUCCGGGGACCAGGUGGACACCAACGAGCUGUCGGGCGGCGCUAAAAUCAAUCGCAUCUUCCACGAACGCUUUCCCUUCGAACUGGUCAAGAUUGUGUUCGAUGAGAAGGAGUUAAGGCGAGAAAUCAGUCACGCAAUCAAGAACGUCCACGGCGUCAGAACGGGGCUCUUCACCCCUGACUUGGCUUUCGAGGCGAUAGUCAAAAAGCAGAUCCUCAAACUGAAAGAGCCCAGCCUCAAAUGUGUGGACCUUGUGGUGUCCCAGCUCACGGCACUCGUCAUGAAGUGUGUUGUUAAGCUCAAUUCCUAUCCCAGACUGCGAGAGGAGACUGAGAGGAUCGUCACAACCCACGUCAGAGAAAGAGAAGGGAAGACCAAGGAUCAGGUUCUGCUGCUGAUUGACAUUGAGCUGUCCUACAUCAACACCAAUCAUGAGGACUUCAUAGGCUUUGCCAAUCUUGACUACAGAAGGCUGGAUGAUGGUAGCCCCCCAGGGUACAGCAACAACAGUGCCCAGCAGAGGAACACAGCUGCAAACAAGAAGCGGGCCAUACCCAACCAGGGUGAAAUUUUGGUGAUCAGGAAAGGCUGGCUAACCAUCAAUAUCAGCAUCAUGAAGGGGGGCUCCAAGGAGUACUGGUUUGUCCUGACUGCAGAGUCCCUGUCCUGGUACAAAGAUGAUGAGGAGAAAGAAAAGAAGUAUAUGCUGCCCCUGGAUAACCUGAAGCUCAGAGAUGUGGAGAAAGGAUUUAUGUCCACAAAGCACAUCUUUGCAAUCUUCAACACCGAACAGAGGAACGUGUACAAGGAUCUCCGUCAGGUAGAACUGGCCUGUGAUUCUCAGGAGGAUGUGGACAGCUGGAAAGCGUCCUUCCUCAGGGCAGGCGUCUAUCCGGAGAAGGACCAGACGGAGAAUGAAGACGCGGCCCCCCCGGACACAUUCUCCAUGGAUCCUCAGCUGGAGCGACAGGUUGAAACCAUCCGCAAUCUGGUGGAUUCGUACAUCGGCAUCAUCAACAAAUCCACCAGAGACCUCGUGCCCAAGACCAUCAUGCACCUCAUGAUCAACAGUGCAAAAGAUUUCAUCCACUCAGAGCUGCUGGCCUACCUCUACUCAUCUGGGGACCAGGGCACCCUCAUGGAGGAAUCUGCUGACCAGGCGCAGCGCAGAGACGAAAUGUUGCGCAUGUAUCAUGCUCUCAAGGAGGCGCUGCUCAUUAUUGGCGACAUCAGCACCGGUACCAUCUCCACCCCCGUGCCCCCGCCCAUAAAUGACAGCUGGAGGCAGGAAGCCAGCCCCACCCCUCAGCGCAGGCCGCCCCCCACAGCUUCCGCGGCCCCCAGCCGUCCGCCCGCUGCUCGGGGCGCCACACCAGGACCGCCCAUGAACCCUUCCCCGGCUUUUGGAGUUCCGCUCAACCCCUCCCCCGCCUUUGGUGCACCCCCGAUUCCCUCGCGGCCAGGACCUCCCAUCAACGCUUUCAACAGCCACCAGGAUCCCUUCAGCGCCCCCCCGAUGAUCCCCUCCCGGCCGGCCCGUGUCCCGCCCGGUGUGCCCAGCCGCAGACCCCCCGGGGCUCCUUCUCAUCGGCCCACCAUUAUCCGCCCUGCCGAGCACUCCCUUCUAGACUAGACCUGUGGCCACGCGUGUGUGUGUGUGUGCGCGCGCGCGCAGGUGUGUGUUUGUGUGCGUGUGUGCACACUCAAGGCCAGAGGCGGGGGCUCAAGGGGAGGGGCUAACUUAUAGCGGUGCAUAAUGUGAAUGGUAUUAACAUGUCUCGAAGCAAUGUGCUUGUAUCAGUGCACAUGAACACCAGAAAGCCCUUGCUGUGGAAAUUGUGUAAUAUAAAACCCUGCUGCUGUGUUGGCUGCAUCUAGCUUCUAUCGGUCAAAGAUGAUCAAGAUGCAAUUCAGUUUGAGAUCUUUUCUACUAUAAUAACUUGUUUAUUUCUUCUGACAAGGUUUCCAGCAGAAGCUCGUUAAACCACUUGUUAACCGUUGCAGGCGGGCUUUCCUCUCCCCUGCCUCCACCUUUUUCGAUUGGCCGAGACGCCCACAUCUCAUUUGUUGUUGAUUCUUUACCGUAUUUUCCUUUUAAUAACCAAUUCCUAAUGAAAAAUAAUAGCCACUUACCACUGUUGUUAUUUUGGUGCUGUCACUUACCUUUUGGGUUUCUUGUUAUUUUAUUUGAGUGGCUUUGUCUUUUUUUAAUGGCUACAUAAAUGUCGCUUUAAAAUCCUAAUAGCAGAAAAAGCAAAGAACACAAAAAAAAUGACGUUGCUGUAAACUGAGAAAAUCCGAAAUCCCUCUCUGUGAAUUAUCCUUCCACAAUGAAUCAACCAGACUGGCCGCUGUAAUUCGAGCACCCGUAGGCACGUAGCCUUACAACCAGCCACUCGUAACUGGGGGCGUUGUUGUCCGUUACCAGAGCGCCAUGCACAGAAACCCGGCAGGGGGAGAGGGACGGGCCGCAGGCCGUCAGCACUUUGUGAGAUGCGUUCUCUCACGUAAUUCUGAGUUUUUAAAGCCUUGAAUUAUUCUAAUCCCUUUUAGUCUCCGUUGAACCCCAAAGGGACCUCUGGCCUUCGGGUAGGCUUUGUUCAUUCCUGGAUUAACUGAGUACAGAUUCCUCUCAGCGAGGGUACAACUCGGCGGUGGGAUGUAGAGCAUAAAGAUGUUAUUUAGCGUUCAGGAGAUGGCACAUCACUUUCUGGGCUGUCAAGGACAUUUAUUCUUCUGCUUCCAUGCAUUUAAAACAUUGUAUAUAGCUGGCCUAUACUGGGGAGUUGGCACUUGUAUCUCAUUUCAUUUGCCAGAUUGGUGACAAAAACACGGCCCAACGUGUUUUAAUGAAACUGUCGUUGUCACAAAAAAAGGAAGCACUAGCUGCCAUUUCAUACGUUAGACUUGGAUGCAGGGGAGGAGAGAUUGGUAAUCUCCUGAUGAUAAAUUAUUUAUAAGUGGGGCUUUUGUCAUUUCUUUGGAUGUUUUUUUUUUGGCUGCAAUUGUAUUUGCUUUGUAAAACUCCCCAGCUUCUCCUGGACUUUAAUUUUGGGGUUGUGCUACAGGGAUUAGCUGUCUAAAUGUAUUGUUUGUUUGUAUUGUUUGGGCACGUCGGGUUUACACAUCAUCUACAAAGCUGAUUCUCUGAUAAUGAGUAUCUUUUGAUCGCUCUUAAAACCGUUUCAGGAGAAAAGUGUGGGGAAAUCUCUGUGGGGAGGGGACGUUGGGCGACUGGGAUGUUUUCUGUUUUUUUUAGAUUUGAUCAGUAGUGGUUGUGAGCAGUAGGUGGUGGGAGUUGUGGUGUAUAACGAAGGCACACUGUCUACAUAAGCUGUCUGGACGUUUCUCUCUUCUCACCCCUGAAGAGAGAAAUUUAAUUUAGCCAACUGGAAAGAUCAAGAAGCUGUAAAACCUUCCCAAAUGACAGAUUGCUGCUUGGGACAGAUGAACUGCUUGGGACAGUUUGCCUUCUCCCCCCCGCCCCCUCCCCUGUAUUUCUCUACAGGUCUGGCUGUCAGUGACCGUGUCAACGGGAUGAGCUCACACAACACAGCGUCUUUAGAUUGUAGACCGCUUACAUUAAAUCCUCCACAAGCCGCUCAAAAGUUAGUGCUUGUCACUGUCACUGCAGCCUGGACUGUAAUGUCCUAGAGUGUGAUGGCUUGGGGUCAUACUGCCUUUCUUCCUAAUGGUUGUGCCCUGUCUCCUUUCCUCUUUCCCUCCCCUCCCUGUCUGGACCCGUCAGAAGGGGUUGGAAACCAACCUGUAAAAAUCUUCUUUUUUUUUCCUUUUUGCAAAUCUUUGUCAAGUGCCUCUGUAGCAAUGCAAUGAUUUAAAUACAUGAAAAUGGACUGAUUUAGGAUGGAGAGUAAAUAAAGAGGUGUUGUGUACAAUAAAGGGACUGGCUCUGGUG